AUGGAUGCAAGAUCUUCAUUUUCCAUUCUUCUUUUCAUUGCAGCUAUCAUAGCUGCUGCUUAUUAUGAUCCAGCUGAAGCAGCUAUGACUAAGGGAUCUUUUGAAGAUAAUUUCAGCAUAAUGUGGUCUGAAGAUCAUUUCACUACCUCUGAUGAUGGACAGAUCUGGAAUCUCUCCUUAGACAAUAACACAGGAUGUGGAUUUCAAACAAAACAAAGAUAUAGAUUUGGGUGGUUUAGUAUGAAGCUGAAAUUGGUAGGAGGUGAUUCUGCUGGUGUUGUCACAGCUUAUUAUAUGUGUUCAGAAAAUGGUGCAGGGCCAACAAGAGAUGAAAUUGAUUUUGAGUUUCUGGGAAACAGAACAGGACAACCAUAUUUGGUUCAGACAAAUGUGUACAAGAAUGGAACCGGUAAUCGCGAGAUGAGACAUAUGCUAUGGUUUGAUCCAACUGAAGAUUAUCACACAUAUUCAAUCCUGUGGAAUAAUCACCAGCUAGUGUUUUUUGUGGACAGAGUUCCGAUAAGAGUAUUCAAGAACAACGAGAAACCGAACGAUUUCUUCCCGAAUGAGAAACCAAUGUACUUGUUUUCAAGUGUAUGGAAUGCGGACGAAUGGGCGACGAGAGGUGGACUUGAAAAAACGAAUUGGAAAUUAGCACCGUUUGUGUCAUCCUACAAAGACUUUAGUGUGGAUGCUUGUCAAUGGGAAGAUCCAUAUCCUAAAUGUGUUUCAACCACAACAAAAAACUGGUGGGAUCAAUAUGGUUCAUGGCAUCUAUCAGGUGAUCAGAAAAUGGAUUAUGCUUGGGUUCAAAGAAACCUAGUGAUUUAUGAUUAUUGCAAUGAUUCGGAACGUUUUCCGACUUUGCCUGAAGAGUGUUCAUUGAGUCCAUGGGAGUAA